AAAAGUAAAGCUAGGUCGGUUUUGUUAUAGACCUUUAAUAUUUGCUGGAUUGUGAAAUAUAUAAAAGCCCGUGAAGAGAUACAAUUAUUACUUCAAAACAUACUCAUACAAGGAAAGAUAGUGAAUUUUAAACUUCUUAACAAAUACUGAAGACGAAUAAAUGUUGUUUAUUUAUACGUUGCUUUGUGUGUUUGUGGCGUGUGAUGUCACUAACGCAAAAGAUACGAGUAUCACCGGAUCGCACUGGAUAGUUGUUCCGGACAGAUACACCCCUGGGGUGCCGAUUCCGCUGACGUUUAAUUUCUACAACAUUUCCGGGGUUGAUGUCGAUGUACAAGUCGACUUGAUACGUGAUGAUCAUCAUAGUGUGUCAACGCUUACUCAUACCUUCAAGGGAGCCAAAUCAGAACUAGUGCAAUUAAAGGUACCAGAUACUGGAGAUGAUCCGAACAGGUACACCUUACUGAUAAACGGUCUAAAUGGGUUAUUCUUCCAACAGCAUGCCAUUCUUUAUUACGACUCUGGUGCCGUACCAGAAAUGUUCGCAAUUCACAUACAGACGGACAAAGGAAUAUACAAACCAGGACAGACAGUUCGUUUCCGAACAUUCGGGAUAUCCUCUGAUAUGAUGGUUUACAGUGGUCAAUUUAAUAUCUCAAUUUACGACCCAAAGGGCAAUCAGAUGAAGAAGCUCGUUAAUGUAUCAGAACCUAUCUUUGGUGUUGUUGAAGAUUUUUUCGUCAUGGACACCGAACCAGUGCUUGGAGAGUGGAGAAUUAAGUCCAAGCGUUGA